UUCGAUAGGGGAUCAUCUUCAUCGCUGUGCGUGCGAACAGCCCUCACAACCCGGGGGACUAAAGUGGGUCCCUACCCUGCAGGCUGGAGGCUACCGCAGAUAGUGACAGCCCUACAAACUCCGGUUAAGGACAACAUUACACACUGUACACCUGGUUCUUCCUCUAAUGUAUCCGGUUGAGGUGGCCGAAAACGGUAGCUACCGAGCUAAUGUUAGAUAUAAAUCCAGCUAUAUAGUUAUAACGUUAACCUACUGCAUCGCUGUACUCGUUUCUUGGAUUCGUGGAUUAAAGUAAUAUCAACUGUUAGUCUGGCUAAAUAGCCUAAGAGAAGACGAAUACGGAUUCUCGGAUCACCUUUUCCGGGAUACGGUGGCGGCAGUGUAUACACUGUAUGAGAUUUGCACGGACAAUCUGCUAACGACGUAUUUCCAAAGAAUUAGCGAGCUAUAGCUUCUAUAUCUACGGCAUGUAGUUUGGCCCGGUUUGGAUAAAGCGAACUAUAUUACCUAAAGAGCCAGUGUGUGGGGGUAGAUUGUCUAGCUGGCUUUCUGUUCACCCCGUUUACGCAGGGAUUUUGGUGAUCUCCAAUUUGCUUGGACACUUGAAGCCGACAUUUUCCGGCUGUGUAUGUUCCUGUUGUGCUCCAGGUUGUUUGUGAACGAGAAGCCAACGCACGGAGUCAUUAAACGGCCAACCACGUUUACAAAUAUCAGCGGGAUCUUGCGAAUAAAGAGUUGGAUUUGAAUCCGUGAUCAUCGAUAUCCGGACCAGAGGGCCGUCGGGCACAUCGCGCUCUGGCGCUGCCUGAAACCCAGGUUGGAAACGCACCUUGGCCUGUGUGGCAGACAACGAGAGUUCGGGGAUUCAUUUCUGGCCUAAAUAGUCUGGAUCCGCAGCGACACACACCCAAAACACGCAGGCAGAAGUCGGACACACCUGCAGUGUAACCGCAGGAGCCAGGAUUUCCUGCAGCUCAAGUCUGGAGGUGUGUGGUCCUGCACAAUCUGCUGGAUUCACUUCUCCUUGGAUUCGUCCAACGGUUUCCCUGGCCUGAUCACCUGGGUGGUUUCUCCUGUCUGAGAGAGGAUCAGCUGGGUGGUUUCCGGCCGUUCCUGGAUUGGGUCUGAAGUCCGUCGAUGACAGAGAGAAUCCCGCGGGAACGCUCAGUCCAAGAAGCAAACCCGGCGUGUCCUCUCCUGAGGGGCGAGAGUGACCUCCCGUCUGUUUCCAUGACUGCUGCUCAAACGGUCUUCUCCCCUGCUCCGGAGGUCAGAGGUCAGAGUUCAGCCGGUGAGCGUGUCUGACCACAGUGUUGCACCGGAGUCGGGCUGCGGACUUCAGGUUUUGUGCAGAGGAGCACAGGAUCUUUCCUCCUACGUUUACGGAAUGGCUGGGAAUGUUGGCAGCUGUGAGAAUACACUGAAGUGCUAAACCAUACCGCUGAACACACACAGCCUGUGUUCAUGCUGCUCAUUCUCUGAUCGGAGAAACUCUCUCUCUCUCUCCCCCUCUCUCUCUAUUAGUAAACUGCAAUAUCUGAAGUAUUCAGUCUGAAACCAAAUCUCUCCUUUCCAAACAUCUCUUAAUUCCAAAGAAGACAAUCUCCUAUUUCCCAAAACAUUGUGUUUCUCUUAACAAAAUCUCAUCAUCUCGAUAUCUUGGUUUUGGGGACUUUACUCCAAGAUGUGUUUCAGAAUUGGACUGGUUUGACCUCUGACCUCUGACAGUUUUAAAAUGAGGGUUAGUGUGAUAGACAGUGAACAGGAGUGGGUGCUGAUCGGUGUUUAACGGGACGAGGGCGGUUUGAGUGUGUAUGUAAAAUCUGACCUAGUAAUCAGCAGGGUAUAGGCGCCAUGUUUUAACUGGGUGACCCCCCAGAAUUAUGAGACUCCUCCUAUACCAAACAUCUUCUGCAAUCUUGCACCAUUCUUAUUUAUUACAAAAUCAUGCAAAUACAUUUUGUUCAAUUGAACUUUUUUGCAAACCUGUUUCACACCAAAUAUAUUUGAUGUAAGAGCCAUAUUGCAAAUGUUACUUUUUAAUUUGCAGCCGUUUCUCUCAGUGUUGAUGGUUUUUAAAGGGGCAGGUUAGACAGCGGGCUGUUUGUGUCUGAACUGCAGAUCCUGCAGAUGUAUUAAUAUCCGUAUCCCGUAUCGGAUGCACAAGUGGGAAUGGCUUCCUGGUGUGUCGGAUCUCAUUAGACCCCACCCCUCAGCUCGCUUGGCUCAGAAGGUCAAAGGUCAAAGCUCAAAUUUCUGGGAGCAAAACCCCUUAAAGGAACAGGGGUCACUGAUUACAAACGCAAAAACAAAUCCGUCUGCUGUCACGGACUUAGGCUUUAGAUAGUGCAUCCCUGUCCUUCCCAUCUGUCUCUUUUCCCCUCUUCCCCCUCUCUCCCUCCCCCUCUCUCCAUCCCCCUCUCCCCUUCUCCAUCCCCCUCUCCCCGUUAUGUCUCUCCUCUCAUCCUGCCUCCCUGCGCUGCGAAGGAGAGCUCGCGCGCCCUUCCUCUCUCUCUGACCCUCCUCAUCCUCUCUUACUGUUAAAUCUUCCAAAAAAGCUCCCCUACCCCCCUCACCCCUACCCUCUCCCCCCUCCCCCGGUGAUGCCGGGCGUCAGUAAGAGUGGAGGCCCCGCCUCCUCUCCCCCCUCCUCCUCGCCCCGCCCCCUCAGGCCCAGCCGGUAUGUCCCUGUCUCCGCGGCGACAGCCUUCCUCGUGGGCUCCACAACGCUCUUCUUCUGCUUCACGUGUCCGUGGCUGGCAGACCGGUUCUCUGUGGCCGUUCCUGUGUACAACGGCGUGGUCUUCCUCUUCGUCCUGGCAAACUUCUGCAUGGCCACCUUCAUGGACCCCGGCAUCUUCCCACGAGCGGAGGAAGAUGAGGAUAAGGAGGAUGAUUUCCGCGCUCCUCUGUAUAAGACGGUGGAGAUCCGCGGGAUCCAGGUGCGGAUGAAGUGGUGCUCCACCUGCCGCUUCUACAGACCGCCCCGCUGCUCCCACUGCUCCGUCUGCGACAACUGUGUGGAGGACUUCGACCAUCACUGCCCCUGGGUCAACAACUGCAUCGGCCGCCGCAACUACCGCUACUUCUUCCUGUUCCUGCUGUCGCUGACGGCUCACAUCAUGGCCGUGUUCGGCUUCGUGCUCUACAUCCUCAACCACACUCAGCAGCUGCACCGAGUGCAUUCUGCUGUCACUAUGGCUGUGAUGUGUGUUGCUGGUUUGUUCUUCAUCCCAGUAGCAGGCCUCACCGGCUUCCACAUCGUCCUGGUGGCUCGAGGCAGAACCACAAACGAACAGGUGACGGGGAAGUUCAGGGGUGGGGUGAAUCCCUUCACUAACGGCUGCAGGAGGAACGUUUCACGCGUGCUGUGCAGCUCCCAGGCCCCCAGGUACCUGGGCCGGGCGAAGAGGACCCAGUCGGUGCUGGUGCAGCCCCCCUUCCUCCGCCCCCAGCUCUCCGAUGCCCAGCUGGCUGCCAAAGUGCUGGACAACGGUAUCCAGGGCGACCUGCACAGGUCUAAGAGCAGUCUGGAGAUGAUGGAGAGCCAAUCAGCUGAUGCGGAGCCCCCUCCCCCCCCCAAACCGGAGCUGAGAUACGGUCUGUCUCGCAGCCCGCUGUCUGUGGGGCGGCCUGAGGAGAGCAGUCUGCUCCACAAAGCUCCGCCAACUCCAACCAUGUACAAGUACAGACCCGCCUACAGCAGCCCGGGGAAGAACCACUCUAACAAGAUGAACCGGGGGGAGAGUCUGAAGGAGUCCCCGUCUCUGCUGCGCUCUGCGGGGGCCGGGGUGGGGGCGGGGUUUCGCUCUGAGCCCAGCCUGGACGGGCGGGAGGGGGAGCGGGGGGGCCGGGAGCGGGGCGGGGGGGGCGGGGGGGGCGUGGCCGCGCCCGCCCCGGGGAUCCCAGGGUACUCCCUCGGGGGGCGGUCGUACCCCUCCUUCUCCGACCCGGCCGUGCUGUCGGGGGGGGCCUCGCGCUCCUCCAGCGUGCGCUCCUCCCACACGGCCCACAAUGCACCUGGGGCGCUGCACUCGGAGGGCACCACCUCCACCAGCUACAAGAGCCUGGCCAAUCAGACGCCUCGAAACGGCAGCCUGUCCUACGACAGCCUGCUCACCCCGUCCGAGGGCCCGGAGUUUGAGUCCGCCGCCCCCGACCCGCCCCCCCACGGCCACGCCCACCCCGGCUCCGCCCACCCGGUGUUGCUAGGCUACAGCUCCCCCUUCCUGUCGGCGCAGAUCGCCCACCAGCGGGAGCCCUCCUCGCCCCACCGCGCCUUCCUGCCCCGCCCCCAAAGCCCCGCCCACCUCCCGGAGCGCGAGCACUUGCUGCAGGACUCCUCCCACCGGCCACGCCCGCCCCGCUUCUCCCGCCCCCCUCUCCUGGCCGACGCCCACCCCUACUCUUACCGAGCGCGCUCCCUGGGCUCGCCCGAGACGGCCCCGCCCCCGGCCACGCCCCCGGGCCCGCCCCCCGCCCCGCUGGGGAAGUCCCUGUCCUACUCCAGCGCUGCUGCCGCGGAGAUGCAGUACCGCAUGGUGCGGAAGGGCGGGGCCGGGGGCGUGGCCGGGGGCGGGGCCGGGCCGGGGGGCGGGAUCCAGGCCCCAAAGGACGAGAUUCAGAUGAAGUCCUACAGCCGGUCCAAUGGGCAGCCCAGACCUGCCCCCUCCUCCCCCACCCACCCAACCAGCCUCUCCACCCGGCCGGGCCAGGCCAAUCACAGCGCAGCUCCUUCACAGAGCUCCGCCCACAAGCCCGGCGGUGGCGUGAAGAAGGUGACGGGUGUCGGGGGGACGACCUAUGAGAUAUCCGUUUGAGCGACAGGCGGCAGCUUUGUCCAAUGGGGAGGGGGUGGCCUCCUUCAGGCCCCUCCCCCCUGCUCUGGUGGCAGAGAGGAGCCUUGCUAUUGGAGGAGGGAUGUCACAUGGGGUGGGGGGUGGGGGGGGGCGUGACUUGAACAUAGAGGGGUGUCCACACUUGACGCUCUCUAAGGUUUGUUAUUGUCGCUCUCCAAAGCAGUGGACUUCCCUCCUCUCCAUGGGGGGUGUACAGACUUCAGUGGAAAUAUACCCCCACCCCCCAAACCGUCUGCCUUCAACUGCGGUCAGUCGACACCUUACUUUCCUGAGGUGGAAUGAGAAUUAUAGCAACCUGGACUCAGGAAGCGAAUCACAUGACUUCUAGAGGGACUCUAGGCUGCUUCUUGGCCUGUGGUGGAAAACUCACUCUAACAACUCACUCUAAGCUGGCCAUUCAGGAAAAGGAUUAGACUUUUUGUGUUCUUAAUGGAAACAUUAGAAAUGGACAUUUGGACAGCUCUGGCUGGAUUUAACUUUUUUUUUUUAAUUAAAAUGGAAAAUAUAAGAAAUGGACAUUUGGACGUGAAAUGGAGGUUUAAAGCGAAUGCAGAUGAUCUGUGCUGACAGCGUGAUUGUCUGCUCUCGUUCUUCAGGAAUGCAGGACUACACAGGCCUGUGGCCGCAUCCCACUGCUGCCAAUUUAACCCACCAAUCAGUAAAUGUCACAGGCAGGUAUCAGGAGAGAUGAUUGGUUCGUCGUCUGGAUUUCAUUGGCUGAUCUUGGACUUGGCAAAUACCUUGGAAUUCCGGGAAAAAACAUUUUGCUUAUUUAAUUUCAUUUUUUAAAUCUUAGUUUGUAUGAAUUUAUAUAGUUAUUGGUGAAAAUGCUCAUGAUUUGAAUGGUCAGGUGACACGCUGGCUGAUUUCAUACAGCAAAUGUGUGUUCAUUUUACAGGCCAAGUCCGCCAAUCAGACGCAGCUCUAUUAGCCAAGAGCCUCAUUACAACACUGUCUAAACAUGCAUCAGUUCUUGUGGAGUUCUGGAAUAUUCCUUUGUGCGGAUAUGAAAUGCCAGGUGUCUGUUGUAAUUUUAAAUGACUGUGGAUUUUUUUAUUUUUUUAAGAAUAUUUGAAUCAUCAGUAAAGAUGCGGACCUCCCUCUGGUGGCCUUUGGCAAAGCUGUCCUAUCAGAAAACAGAGUAUGUAUCAUGUGACUCGGGUCAGUCAGAGAGGACCUCUUGCCUUUUUCUGAGAGCUCCUAUCCUGGAGCUUUCCAAGUGGCACGUUUUUACAACAACAAAAAAAAAGAAAGAAAAAAAAAAAAGUUAAACUCAAACUUAUUUUGUUUUCGUUGGAUAACAUGGGGCCAGAUUGGAGAUUGUGGGGCUCCUGGAUUUUGAGGACUGUUUGGCCAAUCAGGAGCAGAGAAUAGAAACUUUAAAUAAAUGCAUAGGAGCAUACUGCUGAGUGGGAGGGGCUAGGAUGUGACUGACGGUCAGCUAGCCAACCUAAACGGCCAAUGAUGUCGUAGAUAUGGGGAGAGGGAGGGGCCUGAAACAUAGGUGUGUUUAAAAAAAAGAAAAAAAAAAAGAUUUAUGGUAUAGCUCUGCGUGGGAGAGUGUGUGUAUGUGCGUGUGUGGCUGAGCAUUGGUAAUAAUAAACCCUUUAUAAAACA